AUGAAAUGUGUUGGAGGCCCUACCACUGUGCUACAAACACUGGGUGCUCUGGCGCUAUCAAAAAAAUCACGACAGAGUUGUCAACUUCGUCGGCUGAAUAGUUGUGGAGUGUAUACUUUAUUUGUCGCAAGGUCGUGCAUAAAGGCGAAAGUUGCAGGGCAGAACUUUUAA